AUGGGAGAGAUUCCAGGAAAAGAUAACUGUAGGGGGAACCUAACCGAUGAGGCAUUUGACCUGGCAGCCCACACUAUUCAGCCCAAGAAAACUGGAACACUGAACGCCGCGUACUAUCAUCGCUGGUUCAAAGUUCUGGAGUUAGGCGCCAUGGGUCAGUCCGUCAGGCAUCGAGGCUUUGCAGAUGAAAACUUGUUCCUGGCUAUGACGUCUCAACCCAAAGUGGCAGGAAUGAAGCUGAAGACAUGUAAGCGCGUCAGGAGAAAGGAAGUUUGCAAGACUAUCGACCAGAAGGUCACGUACGCCAUUCCGCUUGAGAUAAUCUACAUGACUCCCCUUAACAGGUGGAAUCCAUUUGACCUUGAAUUUAAAGGAACUUUUAACCGUCCGCUUGGAAAGACAGUUGACGCGAAGGGUCGCAAUGGAGGAAAAACCCCCGAGAAAGCAUAUAAUGGCACGAACAGUAAGAAGUAUUAUCAAACUCCAGCAGCUUUUUAUUCUGGAGGAGAGGUAGCAACCGAUGCUGCUGAUACAACUCAAAAUAGCGUGGGUGUUUUGGAUCGGAAUGGAGUUGAUGUAAGAAUUACUCGGGCCAGUGGAACACGUAUCUUUCUGCCGCCCAUUAGUGGAGUGGGGGUAUUGCGUCAGCGAUAUCCAAUAAUGCCCGUUCACGGAGAAGGAAGUGCUGUCUGGAAAGAGCUUGAAGCGACUAAAGACAUCCUGAUGAAGUCUAAAACCUACAGCUACAUCUACCGAGAACCACUGAGUGGGGGAUCUGGAGGUAGCGAACCUGACAAGAAUCCCCUGACACUGAAGACGACAGACUCAACUGUUGCAGGAAUAGACCCACACCAUCACGAGGUCACUCUGACACCAGACGAGGUAGAGGCGGCUCAAGUGAGGGGAAAGGCUAUUACAUUGCAGACAACACCUGGAUCUGGUCACCAGCACAUGAUAACCGUGAUUUACAGAGGCGGGAAAUGGCGGAUCACUACAUGCAGUAGCAAAUACACUCCCAAACCUGGUGAAUCCGCUAAUUACCGAUGCAAGGACGGGCAUGGCAUUUUACUGACUAAAGUUCAAGGUGUCUAG